CUCGUAUUCCUGCCCCGCGCGCCUUAUGACAGGGGCAUGGUGCACGAAAUACCCCGCGCUGAGCAAAACUUGGAGCCGAAAUGUGUAAUUCCUUCAAUGAUAUAUUAAUCUCCGUUUCACCUCCACAUAGUAGUCCAUUUCCGAGUUUAACUUCGUUUACAUAAUUACUGCUGAGCGGUUCCAAAACAACAGGAAAAAAGAAGUCACGAAAACCGAAUUUCAUAUUACCUAUUUUUAUAAUCAGAGAGGAAUCUAACAUAUUGAAAUACCUCAAGUCAUAAGAACAGAAAAAAAUAAAGAAAGAAAGAAAGAAAAAGCAACAAUGUCCGCAGCCACACCAACAACCACAGAUCCAGCUCCGGUCGUCGUAGGCGGCUGUGCAUGUUCCUACCUCCGCUACACUUCCACCGCCCUUCCCAGUAGCCUAUCGCACUGCUUUUGCGUUGAAUGCCGCAAGUCCGCGGGCGGCCCGUUCCAAACAUACGUCCGCUUCCCCACAACGGCCGUAACCUGGCUCAACGACCGGCAGCCUAAAUAUUUCUCAGCUAGCACCUUCGCCCGCCGCGGGUUCUGCGACAAGUGUGGCUCGAGUUUGGUGUUCCAGAUGAAUGAGCACCCGGAGAGGAUUUCGUUAACUGGGGGCUCUAUUGAUGAUUGGGAUGUGAAGUGGGGACUGGAAGGAAAGAGAGAAGGGGAAGGGGAAAUGGAAGGGAAAGGGGAAGGGGAAGCAGGAGCCAAAAAAGAUGGAUGGGACGAAUUGAAUAAGUCAUCCGUGUAUUACUGGGUGAGAGAGAAACCGUCUUGGUAUAAGGUGCCGAAUGAUGGUGUGGUGAAAUACUUCACGGAUCCGGAUCUUGAGGAGCAGCCGCCGGGAUUCGGGGGGGGGGAGGGAGACCCUUUUGGAGUGGUGGCUCGUAAAUGAUAGCGGGCAUUGGUAUUCGAUGUAUAUCUGAGCGGCAAUUUUGCAGUAAGGAGAAAAGGGGUCAUAUCCCAUGAUCUUCCAUAUAUUUCGUUCUGGGUUUUUGAGCUGAGGGCUCAUCGGAUAAUGUAAUAAUAGGGUGUUCCAUCGAAAUGCAAGGAGCCGAUUGUUGUAGUUAUUUGGUGCUUCAGGCACUCAUUGUCCAAACAGAGAAUUGAAGAUGCAUGAUAGAAUACAUCAAAAUCACCCUCUCUAUCCCAACCAGUGCAGGGCAAGAUCAUCCACGUGAUCUCUUAAAGGGGCUCUAACAACACCUAGGGACCACACAAUACUCAAUAUAAAACAAGAUUCAGAUCAAAAAUCUUCUUCUUCUUCUUCUUUUGUCAUUAUUCAAAAGACUCCAACAGUGAUCACACCUUUUCUGCUCUGACAUUCCUUUGAUUGAACCCAAGUCUUUCAUCACCUUUCCAUCAUCAUAUCCCUUUCCACGGCUUUGCCCCUUUUCCAGUUGUA